CGCGUGCGCAGAGGUGUGGUCGGGAAGGUGAGCUGAGGCUGGAGUUGGGAACGCGGCGCCUGUGAGGCCAAGAUGUGCCAAUCAGAAUCCUUAUCCAGAAUUUUUGAACUGAAACUAAGAAAAAAAUCCCUUUCCGGUGUGGAAGCCAUUAAAUGUAAAACAGGAGCUGUCAGCAGCCAAAUGUCCUGCCAUGUGGAACCAGCUGGUCUGCAAUGAAAAAGAAUGAAGCCAACAUGCAGAAAACAGCAGAGAACCAUGUGUGCUCAGUACUGCAUCUCCUUUGCUGAUGUUGAAAAAGCUCAUGUCAACAUCCAAGAUUUUAUUCACCUCACACCAGUGCUAACAAGUUUCAUUUUGAAUCAAGUAACAGGGCGCAAUCUUUUCUUCAAAUGUGAACUCUUCCAAAAAACUGGAUCUUUUAAGAUUCGUGGUGCCCUUAAUGCAAUCAAAGGCUUGACUCCUGCCACCUCAGAAGAGAAGCCCAAAGCUGUGGUUACUCACAGCAGUGGAAACCAUGGCCAGGCUCUCGCCUAUGCUGCCAAAUUGGAAGGGAUUCCUGCUUAUAUUGUGGUGCCCCGAACAGCUCCCAAUUGUAAAAAAUUGGCAAUACAAGCCUAUGGAGCCGCCAUAGUGUACAGUGAACAGAGUGAUGAGUCCAGAGAAAAUGUUACAAGAAGAAUUAUGGAAGAAACAGAAGGCAUCAUGGUACAUCCCAACCAGGAACCUGCAGUGAUAGCUGGGCAAGGGACAAUUGCCAUGGAAGUACUAAACCAGGUACCCUUGGUAGAUGCGCUGGUGGUACCUGUAGGAGGAGGAGGAAUGGUUGCUGGAAUAGCAAUUACAGUUAAGGCUCUGAGACCUACUGUGAAGGUAUAUGCUGCUGAACCCCUGAAUGCAGAUGACUGCUACCAGUCCAAGCUGAAAGGGGAACUGACUCCUAAUCCCUGUGCUCCAGAAACCAUAGCAGAUGGUGUCAAAUCCAGCAUUGGCUUAAACACCUGGCCUAUUAUAAGGGACCUUGUUGAUGAUGUCUUCACGGUCACAGAGGAUGAAAUUAAGGUGAGGCUCUGAUAGGAAAGGAAAAUACGAAAGAAUGGAGCAACUUCUUGGGCAAGAGAGUCAUCUGUUGAGUAGCAACUUACUCCCUGGGGACCUAACUACGUGACUUCAUGACGUGGGAUGGUGCCCCAGAUGUAUUAAGACAACUCUCUCAACAGUAGAAGCAGAGUUAGAAUGGGAAAAAAGCCCUGCCUUUCAUUGGCGAGCAUAUACAUAUGGCCAGGAAGAAAAGACCAGACUGGGUAUAUAACCCCAUCUGGCCUUUAAUUGUAAAUAGGCUCUUUCCCCUUUUCCCAUUUCACUAAUUCUUACUGUCUUCCAUACCAACAGUAUGCAACCCAGCUGGUGUGGGAGAGGAUGAAACUGCUUAUUGAACC